UGGUGUGGAUUAGGUCGGUUUUGAUGCUGACAAAACGUUUUCCCAGCACUCUUUAUCGUUAUCCAUUGUCCGUAGUUUCGCAAUAUCUAGUGCUGUUUACUACGCAUAACAGCAUCCCAAACACAUAUUGUGGAAGGUGAGCUAGACGGACACAUAAAGCGUGAGGACAGCUCCUGGAAGUUUCCACCAUCAAGACCUAAGGGCACAACAUAUAUUACCGAAUGGCUAAUGUUGAAAGAGAAGACAACAUGUUGAACGAGGAGCAAGAAUCAUCCCAAUCCAACAGUAGCAAUGGCUCGAGCAGUGUUGUUCAGCCGUCCAGCUUCCAGCUGAAAUCAAGCGUCCUUAGACAGUCUAACUUCGGUGGAGCAUCGUUUCUUGGUGGAGGUGGAUCUUCAUCCAGCAAUAGCAUAUCAUCGUCACCUUCACUUGCCGGCUCCGUCGGUGGAGGUGCAAGCUUGGGAAACAGUUUUAACCUGAAGCCAAGCGUGCUAAAACCAUCACAGCUUACCUUUGGCGGAAUCGGAGGUUUCAAAGAAGGCAACGGUGCUGCAGACAAGAAUGGUAACGAUUCGGCGGGUAUCGCUUCCACAAACCCUUUCCUGAAGACGCAAUUCAGUGAAGACGAACCUUCGGAGGCAGAUGCAAAAGCUAAUUCGGCUGAAAGUAGCAAAUCGGCUGUUGAAAAGGACGGUGAGAACAGUACGAACAGCAACAAUAUCGAUCCGUUGGCAAAGUUAAAGAGUGCCUCCCUCCCAAAAUCGAAUCUGUUCGCAAACGUUAAAAAAUCGGCGCUCAGUGAAGCUUCGUGCGGUUUUGUUUUUGGUCAGAAUGUGCACGAACGCGUGACAGGCGAAAAUCUUAACAACGCAAGCGGCAACAAUCUUCCGACCACUGGCUUUUCAUUCGCCACCAGCGUUGCAGCAACGGUGGGCGAAACUGGUUCGGGCGGCACGGCCAAUACGGCCAGUGUAGCAACAAAUGCAACUGGCACCACACCCGGAAAGGAAGGAUCAGACUCAUCCGAUGGCAGUAGCAGGGAGCCAAAGGAUCGCGAAAGCCUGGAAGAAGCGGCCCGUCGGUAUGAAGAGAGCCGGGGAGCACUGAAGCGCAAAUAUGAAGAGGUAGAAACAAUCACUGGCGAAGAAGAUGAACGGAAUGUGGUGGAAAUCAACUGCAAGCUGUUUGCGUUUGCCAAGUCAAACUGGGAGGAACGUGGCCAUGGCACGCUGAGACUUAACGACAAAGACAACAAUGAAUCUCGUGUUGUGUUUCGGCAGUCCGGAAAUCUACGUGUAUUGAUCAACACUAAGGUGUGGGCUGGAAUGGUAGCCCAACAACCGAGUCAAAAAAGUUUGCGUCUAACAGCUAUUGAUAGCACGGGACAGAUCAAAGUCUUUCUUGUGAUGUCCCGCCCAGAUGUGAUUACGAAACUCCACAAAGAACUUUCGAAGCGCAUCGAAACGGCAAAACAAACGGCCGAAAUGGAAGCAGCGAAGGAAAACAAGGACGAUAAUAAAACCGUAAUUCCCGUCGAUCCCUCCUGCAUAGAUGGCGCAGAAACGGACGAUGGUUCCACAAUACCUGUACCGGUGGACGCAGAUACGGAUGAGCCGAGUUUGAAGAAACGGGCUAGCAUAACGUCACCGCCAUCCUCUUAAAGAAGAACUGCACUGUACGCGUACUGAUUGGUGUAGCGUAUUCUGACCGCUUAUUUUCUUACUUUCACGUACUAUCAAUGUCGUUUUUCUCUAAUGCAUCUCUGAACGAUUUCCUAAUGCUAAGAUAAUACGAUCACUUCGUACGGUUCCUUGAACGUGUUAUUUUGUUUUGGUUUAUUCUAAACAUACGCCACUGGUAAAUUCUCGUCGUUAGUUUCAAAGAAGAUAUGAAUGUCAGUCACAUGAGAUAAGGACUGAGCUGACAGUUGAUUAGAGGCGGAGGCUUUACGAGGUGUUAGGAGCAAGCGUGAAAAAACAAUUCAAUACACUAAAAUGGACGGAUAUCUAAUAUAAAUUAAAUUAAUCAGACCUUCUCUAAAUGGAUGGCAUGGAAGCGAGGAAAGCAAUACACUGCUACGUACGAUCUACUGGUACGAUGAAAACCGAUCAACAAACGGAAUACCUAAUUAUUUUGUGGUGUAGAGAAGAUCAUUUACCUGUUGUGAAAAUGUAGAUCAUACUGGUAGAGCAAAUAUCGUGAGAAACAAAAACGCACUUUUAGAUACGGUACGCACGAAAAAAACAAAAUACAAUUAUUGUGGCAAUGUUUUGUAAAAUGGAACAAGUGGACUCAGUUUCGCGUUUUUUUUUUGUUAUCUUUGGUAAUUGUUUUCAAGAAGUUCUACUGUAAAACAUUUUAACCUGCCGUGCUAGACAACCCGAAACUAGCGAAGAACGAAAACGUAUUUAGUACAGCUUAAUUAUAGAACUUGGAUAGAACGGUGCGCAGUGUGCAAACCUAACUGAAUGGAUUCAUCUUACGACAGAUGGAAGGAGAAGCUUGUGAUUGUAGAAUUGGAAAAGUGCUAUCCUGAUUUUGGGCCGGAUUGCAGCAAAACGUUUCUUUUGUAAGGUUUACCGGCGUUUAUGAACGUUCAUGUGUUCACAGUCGUGUCGUAGAAGAAUAGGAGUGUUAUUCUGCUGUUUAAUUGGUCAAUAAGGAGAUGCACUGUUUGUGAUCUUGAUCCUUUUUGUGUAUCAGGGUUUUACUAAACUGCGUCUGCAACAGGGUCUUUUAAUACUUUAUAUUUCUUUAUUUGGAUUUACUCUCGUCGACGGCCAAGAUCGUUUUGAGAUCUGAGGGAAACGAGCUGGAAUAUUAGUAACGUAGCGGCGAUCCCGCACUACUGUAAAAUUAUUUUUUGUAGACCACCGUUAAUUACUGCAUACGUUAUACAUAAUUUCUUUGAAUGCAAACAAACCAAGCACUCAUUAGGUGUUACUGAUUUAUAUAACAACCCCUGAACCAAUUCUAGAAACAUACAGCAACAAACACAUGGAUAAAGAGAAAUAAAGAAAUGUAUUAAAUGAAUUGUUGUCCAAGAAGUUGGCACAAGAAGUAAGAAGCGUACCUGUGUAUGGUGUCCCGUUUAGGCGGUCAUUUCUUUCUGAAAGAUAGUCUAACAUGGAGGAUAUUUGCCUUUACAGCAGGCGUUUAUUGAGCAUUUGUGCUAUAUGAUAAAGACCUACACCAUCAUUUUGCAUCAUUCGAUGUCGAGGCGUUUGGGGAAGUAUAA